UUUGACCACAUGAGGUCAGCUGUACUGGAGAGGAUGCCCUCGAUGGAACGAAUUACAGAUACUGCCAACAACAAAGAACCCAAUGACAAGAAAGAGGAAAAGGCACCAGCAACAGAAAAGCCUGUUGUGAAUUUGACGCAACCAAACCAGGCCAAUGACCUUUUGGAUCUACUGGUUGAUCCUUCACCUACUAUUCCACCCCAUCAGCCCACCAAGGACACCACCUCUGGAGGAGCACUUCUGGAUUUAUUGGGUGGCAUCGAGCUGGCAGGUAUCACUCCCUUAAUUGCCUUUAACAAGAAUGGCUUGAUGAUCGAAUUCUCCUUCCAGCGUGCUGAUAGUCUCCUCUCUAUUACCAUGAGAGCCUCCAAUUCAACAGGGUCGGACAUGACAGACUUUGUCUUUCAGGCUGCUAUACCGAAGAGUUUCCAGAUCCAAAUCCUGUCUCCUAGUGGAAACAUCAUUCCUGCUUUCAACAAUGGAGCAGUUACUCAGGUCAUUAAACUGCUGAAUCCUCAGAAGCAACCUUUGAAAAUGAGACUUCGCCUGUGCUACAGCCAGACAGGGAAUGCGGUCCAAGAGACGUGUGAAAUUAGUCAUUUCCCUCCUCAGUGUUGGCAGUGAAUCGACUCCCAUUAUCAUGAUGUGGAAAUGGAUUUGGAGAGGUCAGGUACUCUCUGGAGCAUCUGAACCUCUGCACUAAUGUGGACCAUUUCAGAAGGAAUUUUAUGGACCUUCUCCGACUUCUUUUAACUUGGAAAAUUCUUCAGAUGUCUUCAAAAGUGGUGGGCAUUCCAGGAAGUUGGGUGUGGGUGGGUAGGCGUUUUCCUAGAGUUCAUGUGGCUACUGUUCAGAAGAUGUAAAAGAUCCAUAUUCUGUAUGCAGGACUUUUGUCUGCCAUGUUGUGCAGAAACAUCUAGAAGAAAGCCAUGAUUGACACAGUGGUCUUUUCAGCCAGUGCUGCUACUUUUGAGUUUGCCAGAACAGACUUGGGAUCAACAGGGUAUGAAGACUAACAAAUCCAUCAAAGCGGAGAACUUAGUUAUUUAAGUCUUCUUGCUGUGUAAUAUUGAAGCCAAGGGCUUCUCAGGGCCUGCCUAACUAAUUUUGUGAACAAUAUAAUGUUAUUGACAAGAUUCAUAAUAAAGAACUCAGGUCUUAGACUGAGGGUUUUUAAGCAUUCACCCAGCAAGUGCAAACUGUAUGAGGCGGAAAUGCUCUUACAGCAUGCCUUCCAUCACUGUUUUCAUUAGAGUCAAGCCUUUACUUAGUUUUGCCAGCAUACAUAAUAUUUUAGGCAUUUUCAUGUUUUAAAAAUGUCUUUUAUAUACAGAGUUUAUGAGGUCCUUUUGAAUUCUAAUGUAGGCGUAUGUAGCACCCAUUUAAUUUUUUAGGACAUGAUCUGCACUGAUGGAGGUCUUUCUGUGAGUGACAUGUUUUCCUUGUGUAUCCACACAUGUUUGAAUUAUGUCACACAAUGCAUAUAUUUGUUUUGUCACCCAAAAGGCAGCUUUUAGGCUGUCGGUAGCUGAUAAUGAUUCUAUAAAUAUGGCCUUGCAGUGCUAAGAGAGUACUUGUACAAAUGAUUAGAAACGCCUUGCUGUGUCUUGUCCCUAGCAAGUACAAAAUUCAUAGACCUCUCUGUGGCUGGUUGAAAAUAUUAAUGCACAGUUUCCAUAUGACGUCAUGUUAUAUAGUGGAAUGAUGUUUUCAUGCAGUAGAUUUUAAAGGUUUCUUUUUUUAAAUUUUUUGCAUAAGCAUAUAUUUUUCAUAUUACUAGGAACUUCCAUACCAAACUUGUAAACUUCUAAAUUGAUAAACAUAUAAACUUACAAAAGCCACAAAUCCACUAUGUCUGCUGUAUGUGCAAUUACUCUUUAUGGUAGGUGACAUAUUUUUAUUAAUGGCCGAUUAACAUGCAUACCAGUGUUCCUACCCGUGGUUCAUACAAUGUUUAGUUCAUCUCUUCAUAGUUGCAUGGAACUACUGUUAUAAUUUUGGAAGAGUUAACAAUAUUCUGAACCUGGUAAAACAUACUGACUUUUUUAUUCUCCAGUACUGAAAAUUGACUACGUUGUGGUCACCACUGUAAAUUUUCUACUGUGCAGAUUGAAUAUAAGGUGGGCUUUUGUAGGAAAUAAGUUACUAAUUGCUAAGAGCCUGGGGCAUGGCACAGGAAUAAUUGAAUCUUACUUUCAGGUAGCUGUAGCUGUUACAGCACAUACUGAUAGCAGAAAUUGUGCUUUUCUGGCACCAGUCUUCAACAGUGUCAUUUUGCUACCAACCCUCUUCAUGGAACCACUGAAAACCAUCAUGUAUCCAUCAUAAACUGUUAUAUGAUGAGCAGUCACUUUAUGUUCUCCAGCUGUUGCUGUCUGUGGAAACAAAACUCUACUGCAGAAUGAUGUGUUUUCGCAAUACUUUUUGUGUUUUGUUUGCUAGCUCAUUAAAGCUUAGUGAUAUCUCUUGA